CCGUGCCCGCCGCCUCCGCAUCCCUCCCUCCGUCCAUCCCUGCAUCCAUCCAUCCCUGCAUCCAUCUAUCCCUGCAUCCAUCUAUCCCUCCCUCACUCCCUCCGUCCCUCCCUGCCUCUGCCCGCUGCCUCCUGCCCGCUCGCCAGGCGUGGGAACUCCAUGGGAGAGACGGGCGCCGGGCGAGGCGCGGGACGCGCUCUGGGCGCGCUCCUGCCGCGCCCCGCCGCCCGCCGCCUCCCCGACGGCCGCCCGCGCCCCGCCGCCCACGGCCCCGCCGUCGGUGCCAUGAAGCGGGCGCACCCCGAGUACAGCUCGUCGGACAGCGAGGAGCUGGAUGAGGCCGUCGAGGUGGAGAAGGAGAGCGCAGACGAGAAUGGGAACCUGAGCUCGGCCGCGGGCUCCAUGUCUCCUUCCACCACCUCGCAGAUCUUGGCCAGGAAGAGGCGCCGAGGGAUCAUCGAGAAGCGCCGCCGCGACCGCAUCAACAACAGCCUGUCCGAGCUGAGGAGGCUGGUGCCCAGCGCCUUUGAGAAGCAGGGAUCAGCCAAGCUGGAAAAGGCAGAGAUUCUGCAGAUGACUGUCGAUCACCUGAAAAUGCUGCAUACAGCAGGAGGGAAAGGUUAUUUUGAUGCUCAUGCUUUGGCUAUGGACUAUCGGAGUCUAGGGUUUCGAGAGUGCCUGGCUGAAGUUGCUCGAUACCUGAGUAUCAUAGAGGGGCUGGAUGCCUCUGAUCCUCUGCGAGUUCGACUCGUGUCUCAUCUCAACAACUACGCCUCUCAACGGGAAGCAGCGAGUAGUGCGCACACUGGCAUUGGACACAUUCCUUGGGGCAGUGCCUUUGGACAUCACCCUCACAUACCUCACCCGUUGCUGCUGGCUCAAAAUGGGCAUGGUAAUACCAGCACUACAGCAUCUUCCACAGAACCACAUCACCAGACCAGAAUUGCUGCCCCACAUGCUGAAACUUCCUCACUCAGAGUGCCCCCAAAUGGCAGCGUCGGACCAGUGCUCCCUGUGGUCACAUCUACUACCAAACUGUCUCCUCCUCUUCUCUCCUCCAUGGCAUCUUUGUCUGCGUUCCCCUUCUCGUUUGGCUCCUUUCAUCUGCUGUCCCCCAACGUGCUGAGCCCAUCUACACCAACGCAGUCAGCAACGCUCAGCAAACCGUACAGACCCUGGGGGACUGAGAUUGGCGCCUUCUAAGAACUGACUCUUUAGCAAGGGUGGGAAAGCCUAUAAACCUAGCUGAGCUGGGUUAUGCCACCCUUGAAGUUCUUAGUAACUGGGACAAAGGUACAGCUUCACUUUAACUGAGUUUGUCUAAAAACUGUCUCAUUGGAUUUUUCUUUGUUUUCUACAUUUUUGUAUUAACAGGUUGUUUGGGUUUUUUUUGAUAGUUGCUGAAGUUGUCCAAAAAUAAAAUUACAAUAGUGGUUUGUUAACACUUAUGUUAGAUCUCUGCUGAGCAUUUAAGUCACUUUUGUAAACAGUUUGUUUCAAAUGUUUCAUUUUUCCUGAGUACAUCAGACUGGCUUUAUAUGAAGAGAUACCACCUGUUAUUGUUAGCCAUGGCCUAGUUUUGUUACUAAUUUUUCCAAGACCAUUCUUCUCAGCAUUUACAAGCUGUGUUUUUGUUAGUAUUUUGACACUGAGAUGUUCUAUAAAGAAUUACUCUUUUUGUAAACUA